GUCAAUGACAGCAAUGGCUUCUCUGGCACUUCUUUACUUUCUGCUGUGGGUCGGUGUCGCAGUGAGUACACCAGUGGAUCUACAGAAGAGAAUCUAUAAGGGUGUCCUUUGUGGUCAAACUGAUCGUCUGUACCACGUCAGGCUGAGAGCAACUGAUGGAACAUUUAUGUCACUCUGUGGUGGCUCUCUGAUCAGUGACGAGUGGAUUCUGACUGCAGCUCACUGCUGGAAUAAUUCAAGGACCAUGUAUGCAGAUGUAAAUUUCCACCCAGGUAACGAAAUGGAGACACUCGAAAUCAUAAGAUAUGAGAUCUAUACGGAGAACAGCAAAGGACACGACAUCGUGCUACUGAAGCUAAAGCAGAAACCUAAAAAGAUCCAUAAAAUAGAUCUUCCAAAUGUUUCAGACUGUACAACUGAUAUCAAAGUGAAUGACAAAUUUAAGGUUUCAGGCUAUGUCCAUGGUGUAGAUGCCAAAGGUGUAAAAGUUCUCCAGGCCUACAAUGUUCUCCACUGCACAGAUAUGACAGUUGUUGACUGUAGCAAUAUCAAAACUGGCAUACAACAAUGUUUUCCAAAUCAGCCAUAUGGUAACUUUUUCUGUGGACAAGAAGCCGGGGUGGACACAGCUGGAGGUGACUCUGGCAGUGGAGCUGUGGUGGGCACCAAAAUUUAUGGCGUCUAUAACGGUAGUAAUAAAUAUGCAUGUAUGGCUCCAGUUAUGUUCACAAGAGUCUGUGAUUACAUUACCUGGAUCAACAACACUAUUUAGUAGACUGAAACAACUAAACAUUCAUAAUAAAUAA